AUGGCUUCAUCGUCGGAUGCAAACGUGCAUCCGAAAGUUGAUGUGCAAGCGGCUUCGGCCAUUGAUGCUUGGCACCAUUCAGAUUUCUUAUGUAGAAAUUACGUGCUGAAUGGUUUAUCAGAUUCAUUGUACAAUGUGUACAGUGAAAAGAAUACGGCCAAAGAACAUGAACGUAAGUACAAAACAGAAGAUGCGGGUGUAAAAAAGUUUAUGGUCGGUCGAUUUUUGGACUACAAAAUGGUAGAUUCAAGACCAGUCAUUAAACAAGUUCUAGAGAUCCAAGUAAUUUUGCACGAAAUUCAUGUUGAGGGCAUGAAUUUGGGAGAAACUUUCCAAGUGGCUGCUAUUAUUGAGAAGUUGCCACCGUCUUGGAACGAUUUCAAGAACUACCUUAAGCACAAGCAAAAGGAGAUGAACGUAGAAGAAUUGCAUGGUAAAGACAAGAAGAAACAUAAUUCUUUUGUCAAAAACCGGAGCCUUAAUCCUAAAGGAGGAAUCUCUAAGAAGUUCACGGGCAAGUGUUUCAAUUGCAAUGGCAUGGGCCAUAGAUCUUCCGAUUGCAAGAAGCCGAGAAGAGUUCGAGAGGCUAACUUGACUCAAGGAUUAUCGGACAUGGAUCUAUGUGCGAUGAUAUCUGAGGUUAACUUGGUGGGAUCUAAUCCACGAGAGUUGUGGGUUGAUACAGGAGCUACAAGACAUGUUUGCUCCAACAAAGAAGUAUUUUCAAGCCUCGAAGAAGUGAAGAAUGGUGAAAGCUGUUCAUGGGGAAUUCUGCCACUUCUGACAUACAAGGUGAAGGAAAAGUGGUGUUAA